AUGCGCUCUUCCAUCGACGCCGCCGACGAGGCGCUGGCGCGUAUGGGCUACCAGAGCGAAUUGCCUCGAAAUCUGAGCAUGCUCAGUAUCCUCGGUCUAUCCUUUGCCAUCAUGGCUGCGCCUUAUGGCCUCAGCACCACCUUAUACAUUACCCUCGACGAUGGCCUAUCCGUGACCAUCAUCUGGGGCUGGGUCUUCGUCACCCUCAUUUCCCUCGCCAUUGCCGCUUCCCUCGCCGAGAUCUGCGCCGUUUAUCCCACCGCUGGCGGUGUAUACUACUGGAGCGCAAUGCUGUCGACUCGCCGCUGGGCACCGCUGAUGUCGUUCAUCGACGGGUGGCUCACUCUGGUGGGCAAUUGGACCGUCACUCUAAGUAUCAUCUUCGGAGGAGGCCAAUUGAUCCUCAGUGCCAUCAAUCUGUGGGACGAGGACUUCGUCGCCACGCCAUGGCAAACUGUGCUCAUGUUCUGGGCCGUCUUGCUCGUUUGCGUCCUCAUCAACAUCUUUUGUUCGCGCUACCUCGACCUCAUCAACAAGGUCUGCAUCUUCUGGACAGCAGCUAGCGUCGUGGUCAUUCUCAUCGUCUUGUUGACCAUGGCGGAUGAUGGCCUUAACUCGGGCGAGUUCGUCUUCGCUCACUAUGACUCCUCCGAAAGUGGAUGGCCUGCUGGUUGGGCUUUCUUCGUUGGCUUGCUGCAGGCGGCAUAUACGCUGACGGGAUACGGCAUGGUCGCUUCCAUGUGUGAGGAGGUUCAGAAUCCGCACCGCGAGGUGCCCAAGGCCAUCGUGCUGUCUGUUGCUGCGGCCGGUGUGACCGGUCUGCUAUACCUGAUUCCGGUGCUGUUUGUCUUGCCCAGUGAUGCCGCGGGCUUGAAAAUGCUGCGCAAUGUUGCCAGCGGACAGCCGAUUGGAACGGUGUUCAAGAUUGCCACGGGCUCUGCGGGAGGUGGCUUCGGACUGUUAUUCUUGAUUCUGGGAAUCAUGAUGUUUGCCGGUGUGGGGUCUCUCACGGCCGCGAGUCGUUGCACCUAUGCCUUUGCACGUGAUGGUGCCAUCCCAGGAUUCAAGCUUUGGCGCCGGGUCAACAAGAAGUUGGAUGUGCCUGUUUGGGCUAUUAUCUUGUCGGCUGUCGUGGAUGGUCUCUUGGGACUGAUCUACUUCGGUUCCACGGCUGCGUUCAACUCCUUUACAGGUGUGGCCACGAUUUGUCUGUCCACAUCGUAUGGGUUACCCAUCCUGAUCUCUAUGAUUCGGGGUCGGAAGGAUGUUCGUAACUCGGGAUUUUCCCUGGGUCGCUUUGGUUAUGCGAUCAAUGCGAUCACGAUUGCUUGGAUUGUCUUGGCUGUCGUUAUCUUCUGCAUGCCCUAUACUCUGCCGACCACCUCCACGUCGAUGAACUAUGCGAGCGUUGUAUUUGCUGGAUUCGCUGCUAUUAGUAUCGUGUGGUACUUUGCAUAUGCUCGUAAGCAUUUUACUGGGCCCCCUAUUUCAGAGGAGGAGGGCAAGGGUAUGGGUGUUAUCUCGGGUGCAGCGGUGGAUACGGAAAACGCGAUGGAGAUCUCGGACUUGAAGAAGAUUCCGAGUAGCCAAUAG